ACUACAGGUGUCUCUUGAAGAGGGCUUGAACUGCCUCCUGCCUGAGGAAAUCAGGCUCCAGUCACUUCCUGGAGUAUCAAACCCCACCUCCUGAGUCCUGGCCACUCCACCUUCCCCACCCUAGUGCUACCUGUCAGACCUGAGCUGCAGUGUGUGUAGCUGGAGAGCUGGCGGCCCAGGAGAGCAGAAGGCUCUCUGCUGCGAACUGUACUGCCAGCCAUGCUUGGGGGCCUCUGGGCAAGGUGGCUGGCAGGCAAAGGGCUGCCCCUCCUAGGGGCAGUGGCACUGAAGAGGAGAGAGAAGAGGGGAUCUCAGCGGACGCACUGGCAGGAAACCCACCCAUACUAUGACCUCCAGGUGAAGGUGCUGAGGGCCAGAAACAUCCAAGGCACAGAUCUAUUUUCCAAAGCUGACUGCUAUGUGCAGGUGUCACUGCCCACGGCAUCCCCCAGCCCUGGCCGGACGAGGAUGGUAGCUAACUGCAGUGACCCUGAGUGGAAUGAGACCUUCUGCUACCAGAUCCAUGGUGCCGUGAAGAACGUACUAGAGCUCACCCUCUAUGACAAGGACAUCCUGAGCAGCGACCAGCUGUCUCUGCUCCUGUUUGACCUGAGGAGACUCAAGCCUGGCCAGCCCUACAGGCACACCUUCUCACUCACCCAGCAGGACUCACAGGAGCUGGAGGUGGAGCUGGUUCUAGAGGAGAGCCAGGUGCCGGCACCCAAGGUCAUCACCAAUGGAGUCCUGGUGGCUCACCCCUGUCUGAGAGUCCACGGCACCCUUGAGGGAGAUGGGACCGCACCACAGCGAGAGUAUGGCUCCAGGCAGGUGGAGCUAGCAGUGCCUGGGGCCUAUGAGAAGCCUCAGCUCUUGCCCCUGCAGUGGCCGGCGGAGCCAGGCCUCCCACCCACCUUCACCUUCCACGUGAACCCUGUGCUGAGCUCCCAGCUGGAUGUAGAGCUGAUGGAGAAGCUCAGGGUUCUACAGAGCGGCCUGAGUACUGAGCUGGAGGCUGAGACCAGCAAGCUGGGAAAGAGCAGCUUCCUGCUGUCCUCUCUGCCCCUGGGCCAGGAGGAGCAGUGCAUCUUGGACCUGGGAGAGGGCCAGGAGGUGGCUCUGUGUGUGAAGGCAGAAAUGAGCUCUGGGGACCUGGACCUGCGCCUGGGCUUUGACCUCUGUGAUGGUGAGCAGGAGUUCCUGGACAAGAGGAAGGCGGUGGUGGCCAAGGCCCUGCAGCAGGUGCUGGAGUUGAGCGAGACUCCUCCCAGUGACCAGGUCCCUGUGGUGGCUGUGGUGGGCUCCGGGGGUGGAACUCGAGCCAUGUCUUCCCUAUACGGCAACCUGAUGGGGCUGCAGGAGCUUGGCCUCCUGGAUGUUGUGACCUACCUGAGCGGGGUCUCUGGAUCCACCUGGUGCAUCUCCACACUCUACAAGGACCCAGCCUGGUCCCAUGUGGCCUUGCAGUGUGCCAUAGCGCGUGCCCGGGCUCAGGUCUGCAGCAGUAAGAUGGGCGCAAUAUCCACGGAGCAGUGGCAAUACUAUACUCAGGAGCUGGGGGCCCGGGAGCGGGAGAGCAGCAGCCACAGCGUGUCCCUCGUUGACCUCUGGAGUCUCUUCAUUGAGUAUUUUCUGAACCAGGAGGAAAAUCCUGCCAAGCUGUCUGACCAGCAGGAUGCAGUGAGCCAGGGUCAAAACCCUUACCCUAUCUAUGCCAGCAUCAACGUCCACACCAACAUGAAUGGGGAAGACUUUGCAGAGUGGUGCGAAUUCACACCUUAUGAGGUCGGCUUCCCCAAGUAUGGAGCUUAUGUUCCCACUGAGCUCUUGGGCUCUGAGUUCUUCAUGGGGCGACUGCUGGAACUCCGGCCUGAGCCCCGCAUCUGCUACCUGCAAGGUAUGUGGGGCAGCGCCUUCGCAGCCAGCCUGGAUGAGAUCUUCCUGAAGAUUGUUGGCUCAGGCCUGGGCUUCUUGGACUGGCACAGAGGUAGCAUGAACAUCACAGACAAGUGCCCACAGUCCCAGCCCCACGACCCCUCCUGGCUGCACACCAGGCUCUUCAUCCCUCAGGGGCCCAUCUCACAGGCCGUGCUGGACAUAUUCACCUCCCGCCUUGCUGCCACCCAGAACUUUAACUUCAUGCGGGGUCUCUGCCUGCACAAGGACUAUGCAGCCCGCAGGGACUUUGUGGCCUGGAAAGACACACACCCAGACGCCCUCCCCAACCAGCUCACACCCAUGUGGGACUGCCUGUGCCUGGUGGACGGAGGCUUUGCCAUCAACUCUCCCUUCCCACUGACCCUGCUGCCCCAGCGGGCGGUGGACCUCAUUCUGUCCUUCGACUACUCCCUGGAAGCCCCUUUUGAGGUCUUGCAGAUGACAGAGCAGUACUGCCUGGACCGAGGAAUCCCCUUCCCCAAGAUCAAGGUGGGCCCUGAGGACAUGGCCAAGCCCCGUGAGUGCUAUCUGUUUGCCGAGGCCAAGGACCCCCAGGCCCCCAUCGUGCUGCACUUCCCACUUGUCAACCGCACCUUCCGCACACACCUGGCCCCAGGUGUGGAGCGGCGAACAGCUACAGAGAAGGACUUCGGGGACUUUGUCAUCAACGGGCCAGACACACCUUAUGGCAUGACGAACUUCACCUACACGCCCAAAGAGUUUGACCGGCUGGUGGCCCUGAACCACUACACCAUUCUGAACAAUGCAGAGACCAUCAGGCACGCACUCCAGUUGGCUCUGCAGCGGCGGCAGACUGUCAAGGGCUGAGGCCUGAGCAGUUGGGAGCUGGGACUACAGGACAGAGGGGAGAUGCAAGGCUCAAAGCCAAUGCCUGCUGAGCAGGAAGUGGUGGGAUCUUCUGCUGCCCACUCUCCAGCACCUGCCCUGAAGUCUUCCAGGCCCAGAAAGUCUUAUAGACCUAGACCUGCAGCUUUGCUUUGGGUCAGGGCCGCCUUUGUGUUUCUUGGAGAAGAUGGAAUAGUGCAUCCCUCUGGGGCUCUAGGGAUGCAGGGCCAAAGAGGGCAGUGUCACCAUGAGGCCCACACAGACCCUAAGGCACUUGAUGCAGGUGCUGAGGUGCUGAGGUACAAGGUGCCUUCUCUUGGUGAGCACUGAAAUGCAGCUGUCAUGCUCUCUGUAGUGGCCUCAGAACUCUGCCCCCUGAGCUGGAUUUACUGCGUCAAGAAUAAAGA